AUAGAGUCAUUUUUGUGUCAGGAAUUAUAUGGAACACAACAAUAUCUGUCAGCAUAGACAAGAGCAUACCCAUUUGAAGGCAUGGCAAGAUUCUGGCAGCCCGAUAGAUCACUAAUCCACUUCAUCCACUCAAUGCAUUUUCAGUCCCCCACGUGGCGACAUCCCAAUUGCGGAGAUAACAAGGAGGAAGAUUUCAAAGAUCUCAUGGAAUAUACAGCUGAAAAGACCCUGCUUUUUCUUCUAACACAACACGCAAGUGAUCGGUAACAUUCCAAAACUGGACUAGACCCAGAUAAGCGAUGGGCUGUGCACAGGGCAAGCUUUCAACAAAUUCACCGUCGACAGGUUUAGAGAAGCUGAAAAUGGAAAAUGGGUACAUGGGAAAAAACGAGUAUGCUGGUCAUCGGAGGUCCACUGGGCAGAGACUAUCUGGUAGGCUGAAUAAUACAGACCCACCGCCCAAGAACUACACUGGUGGCUUUGGUAGUAGUAGCAGCGGAGGAGGCAGCGGAGGAGACAAGAAAUUGAGCGACAGAAGCAGAGAUAAAGAAGACAUUGAUGGUAAGAGUAGAAAGGAUUCCCAGAGAGCUUUGCUUAUUGAUGGGGAGGAGCUGGUUGAUGGGUGGCCUAAGUGGCUCACUGAUAAUGUUCCCAAAAAAGUUCUGGCUGGUUUAGUUCCAAAAAGUGCUGAAAAUUAUGAUAAGGUUGAUAAGGUAGGUCAGGGAACUUACAGCAAUGUGUAUAAAGCUCGAGACAGGGACACAGGAAAAAUUGUAGCUUUGAAGAAGGUUCGUUUCGAAACAUCAGAGCCUGAGAGUGUGAAAUUUAUGGCUAGAGAGAUAAUGAUUCUACAGAAGUUAGAUCAUCCCAAUGUGGUAAAGCUUGAAGGACUUGCCACAUCCAGAAUGCAGUACAGUCUUUAUCUAGUUUUCGAUUUCAUGCAGUCAGAUUUAGCUUCGAUUAUCACCAAUCCUGAAGGGAGGCUCACUGAACCACAGGUCAAGUGUUAUAUGCAUCAGCUGCUUUCAGGUCUUCAGCACUGCCACGAAAGAGGAAUUCUGCACAGAGACAUUAAAGGAUCUAAUUUACUUGUUGAUAAAAGUGGGAUGCUAAAGAUUGCUGAUUUUGGGCUUGCAAAUUUUUAUUCUCCUCAACACAAACGUCCUCUCACAAGCAGAGUUGUGACACUUUGGUAUAGAGCUCCUGAGCUGCUGCUGGGUUCCACUGAUUAUGGAGUCGGUAUUGAUCUUUGGAGUGCUGGUUGCCUCUUGGCAGAAAUGUUUGCUGGCAGGCCUAUCUUGCCUGGAAGAACUGAGGUUGAGCAGCUACAUAGGAUUUUUAAGCUAUGUGGCACUCCUUCUGAAGAUUAUUGGAGAAAGCUAAAGCUGUCUACAACUUUCCGGCCUCCAAAGUCUUACAAACCCAGUCUUUUUGAAGCUUUCGGGGAGUUCCCUGAAUCAUCUUUGGGUCUAUUAAGCACUCUUCUUGCUCUAGAUCCUGCAUACCGUGGCUCUGCGUCUUCGGCUCUCCAGAAUGAAUUCUUUUACACAAGCCCUUUGGCCUGCGAACUAUCAGGCCUGCCUGUAAUUUGGCGAGAGGAAGAUGAUCUUGCUGAAGCUAGUGAACUGAGAAAGCAUAAGAAUUCUAAGAUGAAACGAAGGUCUCGAACAUAUCGUGAGCAGAGAAGAAAAGAUCUACUAGCUGAAAGACCAAAUGAAGAUUCUAAUGAGACUAAACAGGAGCCAAAGAGGGUGCAAAUCCAGGAGCCUGGCAGCAGUACUAGCAGCAGCUCAUCUGGAACAAAGCCGCCUCGCCAUCGCCAAGCAGAAAGCCCACCAUUGUUGGCCUUACCAGUUCCAUCUUCUAAGCAAACAAUAAUGUCGCCGAGAACCAGAGGGCUGCCUCCAUUACCUGCCUACACAGCCAUCAGCAAGAAGUACAAUAAUGAUGGCAUGUACAGAUUAAAUCAGGUGAAUAGGUCUGCUUCUACAAGAGAAUUCAGAAAAUUAAAUCAAAGGGAACAUUUCCAAGUCUAUGCAGUAGAGAACUAGGCCAGCUGCAAAGAAAAUCUUGGUUUCAACUUUCAAGUUAUAUCACACUUGCUGUACUUUCAGACUUUUUUAUCUUUUCUUUUCUUUUUCUCACUUUGCAAAUGGAAUGGAAAUGGUUGUCUUCCUUCCAAGUUCAUUAUUUUUGGAUAAUCAGAAAAUAAUUAAAUUCAUUUUAAUUUAUAAAA